AUAAUGUUAUUGCCUUAUAUUCCACGUGAUCAACUUGACAACUUGGCGAUUACACUUUCACUUGUGGCCACUAUCUAGGAAGCCAUGAUGUUUUAUAUGUUUUGUAAUUUUUGCAUGUACAUAUCUGUCAAGUAGUAGAUUAUUUCGAUGGCAUCUUGAGAAUGUGUUUUUGUUGAAUUUUUAUUUGAUUUCUCAUUUAUUUUUCUCUAAUUAACAUUUCACUAUGUGGAAAGUAAGAGAACUUGCAGAUAAAGUGACCAAUGUUGUAAUGAACUACACUGAAAUAGAGGCAAAAGUCAGAGAAGCAACGAAUGACGAUGCUUGGGGUCCCACAGGAGUACUUAUGCAAGAAAUUGCUCAGUCAACGUUCAUGUAUGAACACUUUCCGGAAGUGAUGACCAUGUUGUGGAAGAGAAUGUUGCAAGACAACAAAAAGAAUUGGCGUAGAACCUACAAGUCUUUGCUGCUGUUGAACUACCUUGUCCGCAAUGGCUCAGAACGUGUUGUCACAUCAGCGAGAGAGCACAUAUAUGAUCUACGAAGCCUCGAAAAUUAUACAUAUGUAGAUGAAUUUGGGAAAGAUCAAGGAAUUAACGUUAGGCAUAAGGUUCAUGACUUAAUAGAAUUUAUUCAAGAUGAUGAUAAACUAAGAGAAGAAAGGAAGAAAGCAAAGAAAAACAAGGAUAAAUAUGUUGGAAUGUCAAGUGAUGCCAUGGGUAUGAGGUUUGGAGGUGGAAUUGGCACUUGGGACGAAGGACCACAAUUCAACAAGAAGGACGAGUAUGCAGACUGGGAUCCGGACAAUAAUUGGUCAAACCCCAAAAAUAAGGGAAAAGGUUUUGACGAGACGUUCAACAACAGCGACGACAGCGAGGGCGAGGGUGGGGGAGGCGGUGGCGGGGGGCGGCAGCGACCGAACGAGUACAAGGACCAGGAGAGGGACAACGACAGCGUGGACUCGUCGGAGCAGCGCAAGGGCGCCAACCCGGGCGGCCAGUCGAACCACAGCACGCCCUCGCGCCCCGCCCGGCCCGUCAAGAAGAUCGACCUGGGGGCGGCGCUCCACUACGGCCGCGGCGCCGAGGGGCAGGCCACUCCCGCGGCGGGCGGCAGGACGCCGGUCGCUCCCGGCCCGGGGGACGACGACUUCGACCCCCGCGGGUCGGAGGGCGGCGCGGAGUUCAGCGACUUCAGCGUGGCGUUCCAGGGCCCCGAAACCAACAACGGCACAGUGACCACCAGCGAGUUUGCGGACUUCAGCAGCGCAUUCAGCGGCGCGAGCCCGGCGUCUUCCAACCCGCAGCAGUCUCUGUUUGGCUCCGCCGCGGCGAGCAGCGUCAUCCCGGGACUCCCCGCCGUGCCCUUCCCCAUUCACGCCGCGCCCCCGCCCGCGUCGCUCCCGCCCCAGCCGGCUGGCUUCUCCGCGUCGCCGUUCGCCAACGGCAGCAUCCCAGGUUCCGGGUUAUCUGCUGGCUCGAGUAACUCCAACACGGACUUGUUUUCGGACAUUGUGGGAGGGUUCGCUGCUCCGCCCACGCCCUCCGUGACCUCUCCAGCAGCAGCCUUCGGCGGCAGUGCCGGACUCUUCGGGCUCCUGGACUCAAACCUGAACUCUACAGCCUGCCAAGAGACAUCACCUUCCGUCGCAGAGCUGACCGCCCUUGCGAAGAGACUAGCGUCGAGCGAAGAGUGUGAUGUUGAGGCCCUGAAGCGUUUGCUCGCCGCUGUUGUGAGCGCACUGCCAGGCCCGUUCCUGCCGCAGAAGUUCACCGGGCAAGACUUGCACAAUCCUAGAGUCCACCGUUUCCUGACGUCACACUACAGCGCGACAGCCAGCCUGGUGGUGCGGUGGUUUGCCCACGAUUGGCCAAGUGACUUGACCGAGCUAGCAGAGAGAGUGUUGGCGGUGGACGGUGCAGGCUGCACGAUGUUUCAAGAGGCUCUGUCCGUGCUGUGCGAGUCUUUGAAGGACUGCGCAGGUCCCAGCUCCAAGAUGGAUUUCAUCGUCAGCGCUCUGGAAGGUGUCGUCAAGAGCGACGGAAUAGAAUCUGCAGUUCUCGAACAGUGUGGUGGUGGGAUGGUGGAUCCAUCGUGGCAGCAAACAGUGCAGAUGCUGGUGUCUCUACCUGACAGGGUCGCCAACAGUCUCGUCGGAGGCGUGCCCGAUGUGUUCACACACGACAACUUUUGUAAAUUAUUGUGUGUCCACGUGGCAAAGUGCUUCAGGUUCCUGUCAGAGGCAAGUGACUUUGGGCUGGAGUGUUCGAAUGUAGAGCCUCUGUCGUUGCUACUUAGCAAAGUGAUUCUAAUCUUUGGUGAUCACGGAAGAUCUGCUGGACUUAAGCAGCUCGUGAAAAUCUUGGAGGCGUGGACCGCGAGCGGAGCUCCGGCGGAAGUGGUCCGGCGAACAUUUCGAAUGUUGUCCCUUACCAGUGUUGAACCAGCGUGUGUGCUGGUGCUUCAGACGUGCGAGAACCCGGACUCGGCGAAGCGUUUGUUCGGGAGCGUGGUGGAAGACUUGCCGGCGUGGAAGUACGCGGUGUGCUCCAAGCUCACGCUGAUGAGCUACCGUGACUGGCGCGACCCCAGGCUCCUGCGUAACCUCGUGGGGACCCUGAGUGGCGACCUGGCCCGGGAGCUGCUGGGCCGGAUGCUGGCGGUGUGGUCGGACCGCAGCGGGCUGACGCACGCUCCUCUGGAGCAGCACGUCUACCUGACCCAGGCCGUCAUCCUGUGCCUGCAGAGCGUCGCCGGAACUCUGACGCCCGCGCAGCGGCUGGAGGUGGAGAAGAAACUUUUUGCCGGCGUCCCGGUUCAUUUGGAGUCGCAGCUGGAGGUCGUGCGUGCGAUCGGAAUGGCCACCGCGGAAAUUGUCACUUCGCUGCUGCACUCCGAGAUGGACGAUGACAGCCGGAAAUUUAAGUUCUCCCACGACAAGCUCUCUGCGAAGACUACCGAGUUGUUAUCUUCUCUGAAGUCUUUGGUUGCCACCAAUCCGCUGGAGAAAGUACAGAAAGAACAGCCAGGUGGAAGUGAUGACACUUCUAAUGCAGUGGGGAUGGCUGUUGAUCUUGACCUGUCUGAAGGUAAUAUUGUUGGCGGUGGACAAGGGAAGGAAGUGUCCAAGUACAGUUCUGGUGACGAGUUGUUACUCAUGCUGAGAGAACAAUGCUGUAGGCCACUUGUUGACAAGAAGGGCAGUCUAGGUGAAACAGCUGUAAGGAUCGUGGAGCCUACAGAGCGGCCUUCUUUUGAAUCUGGAAAGUCACGUGAUGACGCGGAACAACUUGACAGUGACGAUGACGAAGAUGAGAUGGCAGAGGAGACAACGCAGCCACCCCGGUACCUGCGAGACCUCAGGGACGGGCUGCUGGACACGGAGAAGCCCGGACGGUUCCGCGAGAGCCUGAAGGUCGCGGAGCAGCUAAUCGCGUCGCAGCUCCCCGGGGAUGACGAGAGCCUCGGCUUGGAGCUGCUGCAGAUACUCCUGUCGGCCCCGGACGCCGUCUACAUGCCCGACUUCAAGGAGCGCCAGUUCGCCGCGGCUGUCGCGGUCGUGUGCGCGUUCCCGCCUCACUGCGCGGAGUAUCUCGCCGCGGAGUUCAGCAAGGGAAGUCGAAGCUACACCGUCUCCCAGAUGCUGCUCAUGUUGGACGUCCUGACUUCCGCCGCCAGGAGUCUGGCCGGCAGGGACUCGCCCCGGAAAGGCGGCGAGGCGAGUCGAGAGGAUGAAGGAAGCACCACGACACGAAAGAAGAGAACUCCGGAGGAACUGCUGUUGGAAGAGAGUAAGAAAACGGUGCAAGAUAGAAUCGAGAGUCACACGCGGAGGUUCGGGUCGGCGAGGAAACGGCAGCAGCACGUGGAGUUCGUGAAUCGCUUCGCACCCGUGGCGGGCUCGUUCUUGUUCCCCCUGCUGCGUGGGUUCGCGAGGCUCAGGACGGACUACCGGGACGUGGGCUGCUUGCUGCUGGUCGCCGUGCUGCGCGCGGCAGCCGCGAUGCUGGCCUGCGCGGCCAACGGCCCGGUGGCAGCGCGUUUGGCCCGGGAGCUGCUGGAGUUCUGCCGGGGCUGCCGGGGUUCGGCCGAGGCCGAGGUGCGCGAGGCGGCCGCCGUGUGCGUGGGGGCCGUGGCCCUGAGUGUGCCGCGCUCCGCCCUCUCGCCCGAGCUGUGGGGCCAGCUGGCGGAGGCGCGGGCGUGGCUGGCCAGCACGGCCGGGCCGCUGGAGCCACACGAGGGGUGUCGCUCCGUGUCCGCUGCCGUGCUGGCGCUGCUCGACCACCGAGUCUUCAGCCUCUGAACCACACCUGGGACGUGUAGACUGUCUUUAUAUUCCAGCAGCUCUUUAAUCCUGGUUCAUAUUUCAACUGUUAUGUAGAAGUUUCGCUUUUUUUUUUUUUUUUAACUUUUUUUUUUUUUUAAACUUUUUUUCCUGUUUGCUGAUUAUCCUGCAGUGACUUUUCUCUAGGAUUUUGUAAUUUCCCGGUUUUUUUUAUCUCAUAGUGCAACAUAUAUAAAUUAUAUUUUUAACAAGGUGCGGACAUCUUAAUGCUGUUUAGCGUGUGUUUAGUAAUACAUUUGUUUGUGUGCUACGUGCAUGAUGUAACGGUAUUAAAUCAUAUUUACUCUGAUGGUUUUUUCCCUUAUUGAAUAGCUUUCAGUGUACAGAGGACUGCCAAUACAUGAUUUUUAAGUGCUAGUUCUUCAUUAGAUAAUGUUAGAACAUAAACUGUUCAAGAGAUAUGAUAGUUUAUAAAUGUAAGUUACCUAUGUAUGUUUGUAUGUACGUAUAGUGUUUCUCGUCCUUAGUUCGAAUUGUGCUUUUAAUGGGCUCUGUUGUUAGCACUCUCCUUGAUACAGUCUGCUAUGUGGCCAGAUAUACGCCAUAGAGUGCAAAAAAUUUAGACACAACUUUAUAAUGUAAUGAAAAUUUAUUAAAAUGUAUCUGAAUCACAUGUUGUAAAGGAAAAUUUGGAAUAAGAAAUUCAUAAAUACAUUUUUGUGUUGUAUUUCAUCAAAAGCAUCAUCUGAUGAAUUUACAUUUUUACUUCUAAGGAGACGUAACUGAAAGACGCCAUACUGGUUUCAACCAUUUUUGUUAAAAAAUAUUUUUACAUUAUUUAAUGUUACAAAUUUUUAGGUGCUGUUUGGGCAUAGCUUAUAAUUAAAUGGAAUCUCUGUUUGUAGUGACUGACUGCGACAAAUAGUUUCUCCUGUUAAAUAAUAGUUGGUGUUAAGCAUUGAGCAAUUUUUUUCUUUCAGAAAUCACAAUUGUAAUGAUUCUGUCAUUAUAUAAUAUUAUAUGGUCUUAUAAAAAUCAAUGGAUAGUAAAAUAUAAAAAUAAUAUAUUACUUGUAAUUAGCAAUGGUAUACAAAAUAAUAUUUUUAAUGUUAAAAAGCCAGGCACUAUGAAUCAGGCAAAAAUGGGUGCCAUUUAUUCUGUACUGUAAACCAAGCAUGACAGAGACACUAUAGUAUUGCAUUCUGUUAGUGUAAAAUAGAUUACAUUAUUCGUUUUAAAAAAAAUGUUUUGAAGUUAUUUAUUCACAGUUGCUACAAAUAUUAAUUUAGUUCUUUAAAAUACAUAUUUGUGAAAAGUUUUUUAAUAUAUGUCUUCAGCAUUUUUUUAAUAAAGUGAAAAUUUUCCAAAUUUUAGGUUUUUAAUCUCUGAAAGGAAAUAUUUUAAACACAUUUAAGAAAUUAAAUGAUGUGAUAUCACUCAAAACUAUACACAGUUUUAAUUAAAUCUAUUAACAGAAAUUUUAGUUUAUAAUCACUUCAUUGUGAAAAAAGUUAAUUAAUUAAGAACAAGUAAUUGUGUGUGAAAAAUUACUGAGACAUGUAAUAAUAGUGAGUUUGGUCAGUGCUUAGCAGGAGGGGAACUGUUGUGUGUCACGUGAUAAAUACUGAACCAAAGAAACUUUUACAAGUAGGAUUUAUUAGUGUGUUGCAUUGUAUUGUUAGGAAAGAGCGCUUAAUAUGAAAUAUAUAACUCGGUUCACAUAAGAGAAAUUAUAGUGUUUUUAUUUGGGCUAUGUGCAUCAGCUAACUGGCAAGAAGUAGGUAAGAAGUUAUGCACUUGUAAUGGUUUGGGCUUUAACUUACUUAUCAGGUGAUUGCAGCAUGCUGCAACUACUAAGACACGGGUAAGCAUCUCUAUGACAUCACUCAACCAACCAGUCCCAAUUGUGUUACGAAGAAAUUACAUUUAUUGUCUGAUAAUACCAUAGAAUAUGCAAAUCCUAUUCUGUAGUUUGCUGGUUCCAGUUCAUUAAACAGCAAAGUGAGUGUUUUUUCUACAUGCAGUUAAACUUUUUUGGUACCUAUGUUUUUAUCGAAUGUUUUUUUUUUUUUUUACAGAGCUGUGUAAUGUAAUAAGACUACAAUAUCAGAUUUUUAUCACCCUACUCAUUGUGUAGAAUGAGCAGACUUUAGGGAAACAUUUUUUAAUCUUAUUAAUUCAUCCUUUAAGAAAUGAGAACAGUGUUUAAACUAUUGGUCAAUGUUUUUAAAUGUCCUAAAUGUAAUUGGCAAUUAGCUAACAUUAUGUAAAUUGUGGCAUUAGUGUAUUGAUAAUUUGAUCAGCCGUGAGUUGUUGCAAAAAGUUAAUUCGAGUCUCUUUUUGCUACCUGUUGUCUGAGAGUAGUCUGUUGUAAAAUUUCUGUGUGGCAUAACAUGUAGGACACCCAUUAGUGUUAUUAUUUUUUUAAUUUGAGGGUCCACAAGCAACAGGUGCUAAGGUGGGAAAAGGUACUGUAACAGAAAAGGAAAAUUGCUGUUAAAGGAUAAUGUAUCUGCAAAACCUGUUCAUAGGGAACAAACUUUAUUUUUAUUUUGUUGUCAAGCCUGUUGUAGACAAUGUCAUAGCAGUGCUGACCAUGCUAUACCAUUUUGUUCUAUCUUACAUAAAAAAGAAAAUUUUUUAAUGUAUGAUUGUUUAGAC